CCUCACUAUUUCUCGCGAGUUUUUGAACACGGAGGUCGGCAGCUUUUCAUCAUGGACGAAGAGUACGGAAGGAAAUGGGACCGAUGCCUUGCUGACAGCGCUGUCAAAAUUGGAACGGGUCUUGGUGUCGGUGUCAUUCUCUCCGUCUUGUUGUUCAAACGUCGGACGUGGCCCGUAGCCUUUAGUGCAGGGACGGGAUUAGGCAUGGCGUACUCCAACUGCCAAAAUGACUUCAGGUCGCCGUACCUGCUGCAUGGACGCAUGGUCAAGGAUCAGUAACGGGGUGCAGGGGGUGUCGAUCUGGGAGGAGAGGCCGGGUCUCCGCUGUCAUCCGUCACGCUGUUCAUAUCUGCUUGCCUGACAGUCUUUGUACGCUACCUCCACACGUCCUUAUUCCUAGUCACCAUUGUACUCGCUAUGUCUGGAAAGAAUGUUGUUUAUUUAAUCAUACCGUCAUGAAAAUAAUUAAAGUAACGACAUUUACGUUUGAACAAAAAAAAAAUCUCUGU